CCAAGCACCAACGGCUUAGGUAGCUUUAUUUAUAAUCCAUUAUAUUCUGUUUUUCCAUUUUCGCAUUCACCUUCUUCUCUCUCAACCAUUCGUUUCUCAUUUCUGUGACAUGGGUUCUCUUCUACGUACACCACCUUUUUUUUCCAUUCAGUUUCUUCCUUGUUUUCUUUCCUACAAGCUUGAGGAGUCUCUUUUCUUUACGUUAAAGAAUGUCAAAGUUAAACAAUUCAUCCCUGCAAUCUCUAGAAGGUCAGCGAAUUCAUCUUGAGAAGGAGCUUGCUUUUGGUGCAUCAUUUGUAUGCGAGGCUUUGGGUCAUAUUAAUUCAAGGGGCUUAUGGCUUGGAGAUGAUCCUCUAUCUUUCUCUGUCCCUCUCUUGUUAUUGCAGCUAUCCCUCAUUUCCAUCUUUACACGCUCCAUUUACAUUUUUCUCAAGCCUUUUGGUCAGCCUUCCAUUGUUUCUCAGAUCCUUGGUGGUGUAAUUCUAGGUCCAUCAGUUCUUGGGUAUAACAUUACCUUCGCAGAAAAAGUGUUCCCAUCCAAGGGAAGGACCACUCUGGAAACCUUGUCAGUAUUUGGCUUCAUACUAUUUAUAUUCCUAAUUGGGGUGAAGACAGAUCCAACAGUGAUUCUAAGAUCAGGUAAACGACCACUUGCCAUAGGAAUUUCAGCCUUCUGCCUUCCCUAUGCAUUGGGCGCAUUCAUCAGAUUAAUCCUCUGCAAUCAUCUCUCAUUGAAUCAUAGCACCUGCAAGGUUCUUGCUUUGGUAGCAAGAUUGCAAUCUGUAACAGCUUUUCCUGUAAUUGCAACCUUUCUUGCUGAGCUAAAGCUCCUCAAUUCUGAGAUUGGAAGACUUGCAAGUUCCUCUUCAAUGAUAUGUGAUCUAUGCUUUUGGAUUUCAAUGUCGCUGACUUAUGCAGCAGAUAUAGCUAGUGAAAAAUCGCUAAAAACAUCCGUUGGUUCUUUUUUCUCUGUUACUCUACUUCUCGGUAUUAUAGUGUUUGGAAUUCGUCCAGCAGCUUUAUGGGUAGUUCGAAAUACUCCAGAAGGAAAACCUGUGAAAGAGAUUUACACAUUAGUAGUGCUUAUGGCUUUGAUGGGUUGUGUAUUCAUCGGUGAAGUUGUUGGUAUAGAUGCUCUAAUCUCAUCUUUCCUUGUAGGUUUGGUAAUACCAGAUGGGCCACCUUUAGGAGCUGCCUUAGUAGAGAGGCUUGAUUGCUUUGUAUCAGUAUUGCUAACGCCAAUCUUUUUUACACUAUGUGGAUUAAAAACAAAUGUUUUUACCAUUAAGAAAUGGAGGAAUGUUGGUAUAAUUCAAGUGGUUGUGUGUGUUGGUUUUUUUGGGAAACUUAUAGGGACCAUGCUACCUCCACUCUUUUGCAGAAUGCCCUUCAGAGACGUCCUCUCUCUAGGUCUUAUCAUGAACUCCAGAGGCAUUGUUGAACUUAUUUUACUCAAUGAUUGGAGGAGUGACAAUGUGCUGAACGAUGAAUGCUUCGCCAUUAUGAUCAUCUCUGUGGUGGCCAUAACAGGAGUAAUCUCACCCCUUGUGAAAUCUCUAUAUGAUCCUUCAAGGAGGUUUCUAGCCUACAAGAGAAGAACAAUACAACACCACUCACAUAAUCAAGAACUACGAAUACUUGCAUGUAUUCAUAGCCAAGAAAAUAUUCACACGAUGAUCACCCUCCUAGAUGCUUCAAACCCGACUAAAGAGAAUCCCAUCUCUUUGCUUGUCCUCCACUUAAUCAAGCUUGCUGGACGUGCCUCUUCUCUACUAGUGGCCCACAUGCCACGUGACAAACCUUCUCAAAAUCCGACCCAAUCAGAAAGAAUCUUCAAUGCAUUUAAAAAAUUUGAACAUGAAAACAGUGGACAAGUUUCAGUGCAUUGCUACAAAGGCAUUUCACCUCGUACUACUAUGCACAAUGAUGUGUGUUCACUUGCUUUGGAACACAGGAUAUCUUUUAUAAUUAUGCCGUUUCACAAGCAACGCAUAAAUGGGAAAAAGGUAGACUCUUCUCAUUUAUAUAGACAUCUCAACAUGAAUGUGCUUGACAAGGCACCCUGCUCUGUUGGGGUCCUGGUGGAUCGUGGGAACCCGAUGAAUUUUCCAUUUUGGCUAGUAGAGGCAUGUUUUUAUAAGGUUUGUGUGCUUUUUUUGGGGGGUGCUGAUGAUAGAGAAGCACUAGCAUAUGCUCAACGUAUGUUGAAGCAUCCCCGUGUACGAGUCAGUCUUUUACAUUUCAAAUCUACAAGCUUAGGUGAAGGAGCUAUAGAUAUUGUAGGUGGCACAGCAAGGAGCAAAGUGCUUGAUUCUGAAAUACUGCAAGAAUAUAAGCUCCAAGCGCAGAUAAAUGAGCGUGCUGCUUACAAGGAGGAGGAGGUGGUGAACCGUAGAGAUGUUCUUGAUGUGAUUGAAUCAAUGGACGCUGCUUAUGACCUUGUGAUGGUUGGAAAGCGACAUGGAGAAUCACAGUUGAUGGAUGAUCUUAGAAAAUGGAAUGAGGAUAAAGGGUUAGGUGAAGUAGGAGAGAUAAUUGCAGCGAGAGACUUUAAACUUAGAGCUUCUGUUUUGGUGGUACAACAACAGACUAGAGUUUGGGGCUUGCGUGAUCCUGAGAUGAAUAAAACUGAGAUUUAUAGAAAAAUAAUUCAGAAGGAAGAGUUAAAAUUUACUCAGUAGUCAUAUAUUGUAUAUCUUCUUUCGUUUUACAUAAACUCUGCAACAACCAGCUUUACAUAAAUUAUAAG